GUUCCUUCAUCAGUUUUAUCGUUGCAGAAAGAAUAAUCGAUUUAUUUAUUUAUUUAUUUCCACGUUAUAUAUUUAUUUUUUGUAUAUAUAAGAGAAAGACACAACCUGGUCAGCUCUGUCUCUGCUUCUUGUUUUUGUUCCGCUGAAUUUGUUAAUAGCUGAAACCAGAACAAAAGAUAAACAAAAAUGGAAUCCUUGUCCAUGGAGAUGCUGUGUCUUCUCCAAACGUGAUACUUAAAAGAGCCAUGAAAGUGCCUUCCCAUUUAUCGCCGCCUUUAAAUCAGAACGUCGGCUCCAUUUCUUCAUUUCUGCCGCUUGUUUGACUGAUGCAAGAUCUUCCGUUGUUAUCAUCUGGAAUUACGAUUCUUCUUUAUUUAUAUAGCUCUCUUUUCCGACUCUGGAUUUGUUUGUUGUCUUCCUAAUUCCUUCUUGGAGCUGGAGUUUUAUUGAUUAGAUUCCCUUGAAUGAGGGAAAAGCUGUGAAGUCGGUCCGGUGUUUUGUCUUUGUUUCAUGGGCAACGCAUGCCGUGGAUCUUUUGGAGACAAUUUUUUGGAGGGCUACAACGAGCCCAUAGAUCGCAGCUGUUCUAGGAGGAACACUUCCCAGCAUUCCACCUCCGACUACUCGACAAGCAGUUUGAAUGCCAAGCAUAUUAUCGCUGGGGAAAUCGGCAAAGUAAACCACAGGAGAAACAAAAGUUCACCUCUCAUCAGUCCAGCGGCAAAAAGUCGCAGCAUGAGGCGGGGAACAGACAACCAGGCAUAUUAUGUGUUGGGUCACAAGACUGCCAACAUCCGUGAUCUUUACACCUUGGGCCGUAAGUUGGGGCAAGGGCAAUUUGGCACCACUUAUUUAUGCACGGAGACUGCCACGGGUAAGGAAUAUGCUUGUAAAUCCAUCUCAAAGAGGAAGUUAAUCUCCAAGGAGGACGUGGAGGAUGUUAGGAGGGAAAUUCAGAUAAUGCACCAUCUAUCAGGCCAUAAGAACAUCGUCACCAUCAAGGGAGCCUAUGAAGAUCCCUUAUAUGUUCAUAUUGUCAUGGAGCUAUGUGCUGGGGGUGAAUUGUUUGAUCGGAUCAUUCAACGAGGUCACUACAGCGAGAGGAAGGCAGCUGAGCUCACCAAGAUUAUUGUGGGGGUUGUUGAAGCCUGUCAUUCGCUUGGGGUUAUGCAUAGGGAUUUGAAGCCAGAGAACUUCUUGCUAGUCAACAAAGAUGAUGAUUUCUCUCUCAAAGCCAUUGAUUUUGGGCUAUCGGUUUUCUUUAAGCCAGGGCAAGUAUUUACUGACGUUGUUGGAAGCCCAUAUUAUGUUGCUCCUGAGGUGCUUUGCAAGCAUUAUGGACCAGAGGCAGAUGUAUGGACUGCAGGAGUUAUACUGUAUAUAUUGCUAAGUGGUGUGCCACCUUUUUGGGCAGAAACACAGCAAGGGAUUUUUGAUGCAGUGCUGAAAGGAGUCAUUGACUUUGAAUCAGACCCUUGGCCACUAAUCUCAGACAGCGCCAAGGAUCUUAUCCGGAAGAUGCUCUGUUCUCGGCCCUCUGAGCGUUUGACUGCUCAUGAAGUACUAUGUCAUCCCUGGAUUUGUGAAAAUGGUGUUGCUCCUGACAGAGCAUUAGAUCCAGCUGUUCUUACUCGCCUCAAGCAGUUCUCUGCAAUGAAUAAAUUAAAGAAGAUGGCUUUGCGGGUAAUAGCUGAAAGACUCUCUGAGGAGGAAAUUGCUGGUUUAAGAGAGAUGUUUAAGGCAAUGGAUACUGACAACAGUGGUGCAAUCACAUUUGAUGAACUAAAAGCUGGCUUGAAAAGAUAUGGCUCUAAUAUGAAGGAGUCAGAAAUCCGUGCCCUUAUGGAUGCGGCCGAUGUGGACAACAGUGGAACCAUUGACUAUGGAGAAUUUAUUGCUGCCACAGUUCAUCUUAACAAGCUGGAACGUGAGGAACAUCUUAUUGCUGCCUUUUCAUACUUUGACAAGGAUGGGAGUGGUUAUAUUACAGUCGAUGAGCUCCAGCAAGCAUGUGCUGAUCAUCAUAUGACAGACAUUCUUGUGGAAGAUAUUAUCAAAGAAGUUGAUCAAGAUAAUGAUGGCAGGAUAGACUAUGGUGAGUUUGUUGCUAUGAUGCAAAAGGGCAAUGCAGGAAUUGGAAGACGAACCAUGCGUAACAGUCUGAAUAUGAGCAUCAGAGAUGCUGCACCAGGAUCUCUUUAACAAUUGAUUACGCACAUCAUGUACAGAUUGUACAGCAAGGCCAUUAGGGAAGAAACGCUGGCGAUGGCUUUAAAGAUGCGAAUUUUGGUUGGUUUCCAGCUUUGGAACCUCGGGAUAUACUGCUGAAGCUCCUUUGUAUGAAUGAAGGUUCUGAGAUUGAGCAUGAAUCCUUCUUUUUUUUUAAAAAAAAAAAAUUCAGAUAACUCCACCGAGUGUAUGCUUCUCCCAUUUGAGUGUCUAAGUUUUGCUUGUAAACUAUUGAUUCAUUCUCAUGGCGUCCAGCAUCUCUUUGGUUUCCUGCAAUUUAA